CGUUGAGAUUUUGUUCGCUACGGUUUGCUUGCCAACACAUCCUAAUCCAUUUGGCGGUGGCUUAGUAGUAGUGUUUGUUUUGUUUGUUUGUUUGUUUGUUAGCUGUCCGCUAUUUUGUCAUCUUCGCCUGAUUGCUCGAUAGCUCGAGGCGGUGUCCUGUGACAGAUAGACAAGUGAAGCACUUUGAUUAUUGGACGCUGUUAUUUUUUUUUUGCUUUACCACGAAGGAAAACAACUAAAAUAUUAAUAUAAGUUCUUACAAAGUGUCAACCGUUUACAACAAGUACGCUGUGUGGAUUUGCUAAAAAUUCCUUCUUCAUACAACGAACAGGAGAAAACGCUGGAAAAAAUGGUCACAAAAGUGAUUUUCACCUUUGCAAUUUUUCUGUUUUCGGGCCUUCAGCGAACAGAGGCUUCAUCGCACUGGAGCUAUCCAGAUCGAGAUUUAGAUGAAGCGUUUCCCAACUGGGGCGGCAUCUGUGAUACUGGCACCCGUCAAAGUCCAAUCGAUUUGAGCGUAUCCAAGUCCCUAAAGGGUGUGUUCGACGAACUCAAGCUAGAUAAUUUCAAUGACAAGCAAACUGGAGUCACGAUCGUCAAUAACGGACAUUCCAUACAAUUGGCUAACUUUAACAACGAAAUGGAGGUGGAGGGUGGUCCGCUCUUGGACGAUUACGUUGUCGAGCAAAUUCAUCUGCAUUGGUGGUCCGAACACACGAUCAAUAGUGUACGCUACCCGCUUGAGGCGCAUAUAGUGGGUCGCAACAAACGUUAUGCUAAUGUAACAAUGGCGUCAAACUUCAAGGAUGGAUUAACCGUUAUAGCGGUACUUUAUCAUGUGUCCAAUGAGCGCAAUAAAGCCAUCGAUCAGAUUAUUGAUUAUUUGGAAGAAGUAAAGGAAUUCGAUAAGCUCAAUCAGCCGGUGCGUAUGAAAAAUCCAUUUGUGGUGCGUGAGCUGUUCCCCAAACUCAAUGGCUAUAUGACCUACGCUGGUUCGCUGACCACACCGUCCUGCGCUGAGGCGGUGACUUGGAUUGUGUUGAGCGAAACUUUCCCGGUAACGUUGAAGCAGAUUGACAGCUUCAAAGAGGUUCAGUGCGAGGAGAAACGUACACUAAAGAACAACUAUCGGGAUUUACAAAAGGUGAAUAAUCGUCCAGUGAUUGUGGUGCUACCCGAAGAGAAGAGUGCGGCGGGUGGCGGUAAUCCUCUGCAGCUUUCCGUGGGCAGCUUGCUCCUUGUGCUUUUGGUUUCUAAAUUCCUUUGAUGUGUUGAAAUCCUAACCUAAGUGAAUAUCAUAGUCUUUUAAGUAUAAAUUCAAUGUUUAUAAUUGUUAAACUAUGCUGUGCUUGGCCAUAUAACUGUAACUGCGAUAAAAUGGCAGUGAAAAAUACAAUAAUAAUAAUAAUAAUAAUAAUAAUAAUAAUAAUAAUAAUAAUAAUAAUAAUAAUGAAAAUAAUAAUAAUAAAAUUGUUAUUGCUUUAAAAAUCACAAAAACAAAUAAGAAAUCAAAGUGUCAUAAAAACGAUUUUAAUAAUAAUAUUUUAUAUAUUUUUCCUACAUACACUAUGUAUGUAUAUCGAUGUAUUUAUGUAUGUAUGUAUUUUUAAUUAAAUUUAAGUAUGAUCGUAUCUCAUUGUUACAUAUAAUGCAAUAUGGUUGUUGAGCAAUUAUGUCUGUGCGUUUAUGUAUUUGUGUUAUUUAUAUGUGUAAAAUCAAUGUCCU